AUUUUCUUUUAGGGGAGCAUCAAAGGCGGAGGGGGGAGAGAGAGAACGAUUGUUGACACAUUCGGCGCAGACGGCGGCGCUGACGGAUGCGGCUCUCUACACGGCCAUGCAACCAGCUGUGUUCACAUUGGGAAACUAAUAAAAAAAUGCUACAUUUGAAAGAUGAAGUGCUUCAGGGUAAUAAUUUCAUAUUUUCUCACUUACAAAAUAAGACAUCGCAAUAGUUUCCCUUGGAUAGGACGGAACCGGAUAUGCUACUUGUGGACGCUUUUGCUGGCAUUCUUUGUCCUAACGGCCCUGAUGUUACUUGACCAAGGCCCGGAGGUGUCGUCGGACCUCGAGCGGGUCAUCUUGGACUUCACGGAUAACCAGAGGGACCGCACCACGCUGCACCUUAGCGUGUCAUCUUCCGGUUUGGACGGCGCCUCGGUGGUCAGCCGCUGCGCAGAUAGCCCCGAGCCUGCUGGGCAUUUGCGUAUGGCACGGGAUUUAGGGAGACGGUUUAGAAGUAGAAGCUUCAGCAUGGCUGUCAAACCUCGACUUUGCCCGACAACACCCAAGGAACUAGUUGGCAGGUUUAGUCCUGAGCUACAGAUUCUGUCGCCUCAUGAAAUUGCUGCAAAGUUCCCCAUGAUGAAAGAUGGUGGACAUUACACCCCACAGAGCUGUGACCCCAUUGAGAAGGUCGCCAUUCUGAUCCCAUACAGAAGCCGUUGGAACAACUUGCACACCUUACUUCCUGUACUAAUCUCAGUGUUGACCAGGCAGCAUGUAGACUUUACCAUUUAUGUCAUAGAGCAGGUCUCUGGACAUAAAUUUAACAAAGGUUUGAUGUUCAAUGCUGGAUUCAUUGAGGCCAUGAACCAAAGAAACUUUGACUGCAUCAUAUUGCAUGAUGUAGACAUGGUGCCAGUGGAUGACAGAAACUUGUACAGAUGCAAUAAGAGCAGUCCUCUACAUUUUUCAUCCGCAGUAGACAAGUUUAACUAUUCAACACUGUACAGUGGUCUUUUCGGGGGUGUCUCCUGCUUCACUGCUGAUCACUUCAGGCUGGUGAAUGGAUUCUCAAACAUGUACUUUGGCUGGGGGGCAGAAGAUGAUGAUUUAAGAGACAGAGCUCUUUUCAAGAAUCUGUCGCUAUUCAGUAAACCUUCUUCUAUUGGAGCUUACAACAUGCUGCCUCACAGUGGCUCCCAUAAUUGGAAGAAAAAUUCUGACAGGUUUAAGAUUUAUCACAAACGACUAGACCGUAUCGAGAUUGAUGGCCUGAACAGUGCCAAGUACAAAGUGGCUACUGUUGCUUUUUUUCCCAUUUACACCUGGCUGACCAUAGAUAUUGAUGAGAAUGAAGUCCUUGAAACAGUGCCUGAACACAUGCGAAUGGACCCCACAUAUACAGAAGAUGACAGUACAUGGAUAAUACCAACAAUACCAGUAUUGCCUGAAUAGUAUAUCUUUCUGAAUGUGCUGGCAAUACCAGUAUUGCCUGAAUAGUGUAUCCUUCUGGAUGUGAUGUCAAUACCAGUAUUCCCUGAACAGUUUAUCUUUCUGGAUGUGCUGGCAAUACCAGUAUAGCCUGAGUACUAUAUCUUAUGUGCCACAGUUGGAGGUCUAACACUUUUUUCCCUCACUCAAGCCUGGAGCUUGCAUUAGUUUUUUUUUUCACAUCUGCUAAUAGAAAAAUGGAUCUUUUGCUGUUGUCCUUUCAAACAUGGCCAUUCUAGAUGAAAAAAUUUUCUACUAGAUCAAUGUUCGGAAUGAGCUGUUGAGUUUUUUGAACACUUGAUUUUAGAAAGAUUAAAAGUAUGUGACAUAGUACUUAACAGAAAAAACUCCUUUAAAGAGAUUAUGAAAACCAGUAAAAACACUUUAAAGCUAAAGGACAGUAAACAGAUUUGAGCAAAAAAAA